AUGUGGCAUCUCAAACUCUUUGCGGUACUCAUGAUCUGCUUGCUGCUGUUGGACCAGGUAGAUGGCUCCCCCAUGCUGGAACCGAGUUCAACAAAGAGAAGGCCACGGAGAAUGACUCCAUUUUGGAGAGGGGUUUCCCUCAGGCCCAUCGGAUCCUCUUGCAGAGACGAUUCUGAGUGUAUCACGAGGCUGUGCAGAAAAAGACGCUGUUCCCUAAGUGUGGCCCAGGAAUGA